GUAUCUAUAUUUGUUGGUUUGCUGCAGUACAUAGCCCAUCGUUCACCACCAUAUCAUUCAUUCAUUAUACAGCUUACAGCUUUACAAAAACCAUUCAAUUAUUUAUAUUUAGCCAUCCAAAAGUUUACUUCAAAUUAGCUUAUAAGUUAUAAUGAUGGCUGCUCCAAGAUUUGCUUUCUUCAUCCUUGCAACCAUCCUCUUUUUUGUUCACUCGUUCUCUACUCCCACACAACAGGGUGUUGGAGAAGCAAUGCAAUUCACAUACGCAGGAGCUACAGGCCCUGACAAAUGGGGAAGCAUCAACCCGAAUUUCUCCAUGUGUGCAAACGGAAAAUCGCAGUCUCCGAUUAACCUCUUGACAGACAAAGCCGUUCUUAACAGGAACUUAAAGCCUUUGCUCAGAUCAUAUGAUCCCACAAAUGUCACUUUGAUCAACAACAAGUUCAAUGUUGGGGUGCGUUACCCUGCUAAUUCAGGGUCUAUGGUUGUAGAUGGCAAGAUAUAUACCUUGAAGCAAAUGCAUUGGCAUUCUCCUUCUGAACACAGAAUUAAUGGAAAACAGUAUGCUGCAGAGCUUCAUUUGGUGCACAUUGCUGAUGAUGGAAGUGUUUCUGUAGUUGCGAUUCUUCUCGAAUACGGACAACCCGAUCCACUUCUUGCUAAGAUACAGAAAAAAUUGAAUGAACUAGCAUAUGAGGUGAAAAGCCACGAGGAUACCCCGAUUCCAGUUGGCCCGUUUCACCCGACCGAAGUGAGGAAAAGAACCCACAAGUACUAUAGAUACAUUGGCUCGUUUACCACCCCUCCUUGCACGCAAAAUGUCGUAUGGAAUAUUCUUGGCAAGGUGAGAUCAAUAUCCAGAGAGCAAGUGGAGGCUAUCAGGGCUCCCCUGGACACAAAAUGUAAGAACAAUGCUCGGCCUUGCCAGCCAAUGAACGGACGACACGUUGACCUAUACGACGAGGACAUCAUUAACGCUCAUAAGAAACGGUACUUAAAGCACUAAUGCAUAUCGUUCACAAUGAGAAAUUUGCUUUUUAGAUAUCUUUGUGUGUGCGCUCACUUUUCAAAAGGCAAUAAUCUCUGUGACAGUAAAUUGAAGUAUCAAUAAAAUAAUUUUCAUGUU